AUGCCAGCAAACUUAAGUGAAUUGGAGAGAAGUAAAAUUGUAGUCCUGUGGGAGCAGGGUUACAAGAAAGCGCAAAUAGCAAGAGAGUUACACCUUACGAGGAACACUGUCGCUAAAUGGGUUAACCAUUACGAGAGUGAUGGCAACGUUACUGCAAGAAGGCGACCAGCUCCACGUAGUAUAAUUAAUCCAGCCGGCGUGAGAGAAAUUAUGGCAGCCUUCUACCUGAAUCCGUUUACCCCGACGCGGCAUUUUGCAAAUCAAUUUAACUGCCACAUCUCAACCGUCCGGCGAGCUCUUCAUGAUGCCGGAAUACACUGCCGCAUUCCGGCUGUGAAAAUACACCUUACAGAUGCUCAUAAGGCACCACGUCUUAGGUUGGCCGAAGAAAUGGAAAAUUUUGAUUUUUCAUGCGUCAUAUUUGCUGACGAAAAGACUUUCAAGUCUAUCCAACAUGGCCGGAAGCAUUUAUGGUGCAUGAAUAAUACCCGGUAUAACCCUGAAAACGUGCUGCCAAAUCAAGAGUCUGGAAGAGUGACGGUUAAUAUGUGGGCGUGGAUGAGUGCUAAUGUUCCUGGUGAGCUGGUAUUUUUACCAGAAAGGGCCACUGGGGAAAAUUACCUCUCAGUACUGAGAGAUGUACUGCUGCCGUCGGCUAACGUGCAUAGUGGACCAGUGCUUCAGAAGGCCACUGUCCCAUCUGUUAGCCACAACGUCCAGGAGGCUGUGGCGGCUGUCGCGCACCCUAUCGAGCAUCGCGGCGCAACGCUUGCGGAGCGUGGCGUGGAAACCGUCCACGCUCGCAUCCGCAAACAUCCCGGACGCGCUGCAGUAUCGCGGCAGCCGCAACAGCACCCUGAAUGCAUCAUUGUACUGGACCCGCAGAGCAUUUAG